AUGUACUUGAAAAAAAAGUCAAAAUUUUUAGACGGGGAAUUGUCAGACAUUGAAGAUUUGAAUUUAGAAAGGUUUUUCCAUGCAGCUGAUGUAGGAAACGUACAACGGAGGGGUUCUCGUGAGAACAAGACUGUGCCGGUAGUCAUGCGUGUUUUAAUAAUUGCAUAUGGUGUAGGAGGGUAUUGUAGUUGCAUGGAGCGUCCUUCUGCCGUUUUAUCCAGUGGCGGAUCUAGGGCUGCCAAUGCUCCCUCUGUUGGGAGCAGUAUUUGUAUUAAAAGUCCGGAUAUGACUUCUAACCAAAAUUUGUGUCAAUCACCUAUAAUCGAUAGUCGCUUUUUGAAAAAUGAUCUGGAAAAUAUAUUUGAGUUUGAAGAAGAAAAUGGACAAAAAAAGCAUUUUGAAGAGGACUGUAAAGCUAUUGAGGAUGUUGGAAGAAUAAAGGUGAAUGUCUUCGAAGCCAUUGCACAUUAUCCAGAUCGAAUCAGACAGUCAAGCAGAAUAGCUGCAACGAUAAGAAUACACGUGCAAGUAAGUCAAUCGAACCUGGUGAUAUUAAAUGUAUCCAAGAUUCGUGUUAGCGACAUUGAUUUGAUGAAGGAGCAGUUCAUUUCGGAUAUCUUUAUGCAGAAUGGCGUACACUGGAAUCCAGAGUUGUUCAUAGAGAACAUAAUAAACGUCUCGUGCGAAGUUUCCAGAACAAUGUCCGAGGCAAACGAGUCGGGCGAAAAUAUAGUGGUGAAAGAGAUGCAUAUUUCCGGAACUUUCUAUCAGGCAAUGGAGUGGACCUACUUCCCUUUCGACACUCAAUUGUUGACGUUUUCGAUAAUGUCUCGUCACUCGCCCGAGGAUUUGAAUCUGGUGGUGACUUCGGAGGAAGACAGUCGGCCCGUCAUCAACGACCCCAUAAAUAAUGAGAUCUUCCAUUUUGGCACGUUUAUCAAACACGACAUCAUCUACGAUGACGAGACGAAACAUUUGGGUUUCCAGGUACAGAUCAUGGCCAGGAGGAAGACCAAAUUCUUCAUCAUCAACUUCUUCGUUUUCAUGUACCUUCUGACCAGUGUACAGAUUGUUACUUUAUUUGAAACUUUUGAAAUUUACAUUAAACUGAACCUCAGUCUGAUGAUACUUUGCAUCACCAUCUUUUACAAAUACGCCAUAAGAGUGUUCUCAUUGCCCACUAAAUAUCUCUUCACGUCUAUGGACACGUACUACUUGGCGAACGUGAUGCUGCAGGUCUUUGUAAUAAUGUACCACGGCUUGAUCAACAUGAGUAACAACAUCAACAGACUGAAUGUUCUGAACAUUUGGAGUCAUAAAUCAGACAACUACGUCUUUCUUGCAGCGGUCAGUGCUCACCUGGUCAUCAACAUCAUCUUUUACGUAUUCAUCAUCACCAGGCAGUACUCCAUCAUGACAACUCCUUUCUUUGGCUACUGA